GCAGCGUCAUUACGUCAAGUUCAAUUUGGGGAGGCAUCCACGGCCACGGAGCGGAACUCACCUGUCUGCCUGAAACCGAAAGCGAUCGUAUCAGAUGACUAGAAGACACCAUUUUGGAGGACUUCUAACAAUGUCUUCACGUGUCACGGAAAAAGAGAAGCAGAAGUCCACAUGUAAAAUGAGUGUGUCUGAGGAGAGAGAGGAGAAGUCUUCUCCAGCAUCUCCAGGAUUCAGCUGUGUGUCUAUGAAGAGUAACAACUCCAUGUUUCUGACCCCUGACCUCAGUGAUGGACCUGCUGUUAACUCUGACCCUGUAAUUAUCAGCAGGAAGAGAAAGAGGGCAGCAUCUCCUCUACAGCCCCCUGAUCUCGGUAAUGAAGCAGUGCCCUUUGACCCUCUUGGUGGGAGAGCUGACCAGAUCAGAUAUGUAUCUUCCUGUCAGACCUGCAUGUCCUUCUACUGUCAGAGCCACAUUAGUCAUCAUGGCACAGAAGCAGCCCUGCAGCUCGAUACUCACCAACCAGUGCAUGAUGAUCUUCAGAGAGUCAAAGACCAGUACAAAACCAGCAUGAAGAACAAGUAUGAAAGAGUAUUUGAGGGAAUCAAACUACAAGAGAAUCAAAACCUCCUGAACAGGAUUUACACACAGCUGUACAUUAUAGACGGAGAGAGUGAAGGUGUGAAUGAAGAACAUGAGGUGCUACAGAUGGAGAAAAGUUACAAGACACUCCAAGACACUCCAAUCAACUGCAAUGACAUCUUUGAUCCUUCACCUGAACCAGGAUAUGAGGAGAAGAUAAGAGAGAAGAAAGACAAAAUCAAGACUGUUCUUACUAAAGGCAUCGCUGGAAUUGGAAAAACCAUCUCUGUGCAGAAGUUCAUUCUGGACUGGGCAGAGGGAAAAGCCAAUCAGGAUGUAGAUUUCAUGUUUGUGCUUCCAUUUCGAGAGCUGAACUUGAUUAAAGAUCAUCAGUACAGUCUUCACAGACUUCUGCUUAACUUUCAUCCUGAACUUCAAGAUCUGGAUUCAAAGAUUUAUGAUGAAUGUACAGUUGUGUUCAUCUUUGAUGGUCUGGAUGAAAGUAGAAUUAAGCUGAUGUUUUCAGACAGUGAGAAAGUUUCUGAUGUGACUGAGACUUCACCAGUGGGUGUUUUGAUGUCAAACCUCAUAAAAGGAGAUUUGCUUUCUUCUGCUCUCAUCUGGAUCACCACCAGACCAGCAGCAGCCAAUCAGAUCCCCUCUAACUACAUCACCCGUAUGACGGAAAUUCAGGGAUUCAAUGACCGUCAGAAGGAGGAAUAUUUCAGGAAGAGAAUCAAUGAUGAGCAUCAAGCCAGCAGAAUCAUCUCACACAUUAAAAGAGUAGGAAGCCUCCACAUCAUGUGCCACAUACCUGUCUUCUGCUGGAUCUCAGCGACUGUGCUUCAAAACAACCUGAAUCUAGAUCUCAGAACAGAAAUCCCUCAAACUCUGACUGAAAUGUACAUACACUUCCUCCUCAUUCAAACAAAUAUGAGGAACCAGAAGUAUGAAGAGAGAGAUCAAGAGAAGCUCAUGCAGUCCAACAGAGAAGUAAUUGUGAAACUUGCUGAAUUGGCUUUCAAUCAGCUGAUGAAGGGCAAUGUGAUGUUCUAUGAGGAGGACCUGAGAGAGAGCAACAUUGACAUCACCGAUGCUUCAGUUUAUUCUGGGAUUUGCACUGAGAUCUUUAGGGAGGAAUCUGUGAUUAAUCAAAGGAAGAUUUACAGCUUUGUACAUCUGAGCUUUCAGGAGUUUUUGGCAGCACUAUAUGUGUUUUUCUGCUAUUUACACAAGAACAUUGAGGUUCUGAAAAUGUUCCUGUCAGGAAAGUCCAGAACUCAGUCUGGGAAUGUUCCUCUGGAUGUGUUUCUAAAGGAAGCAAUGAAUAAAGCCUUAAACAGUAAAAAUGGGCAUCUGGAUCUUUUACUUCGAUUUCUUCAUGGCAUCUCAGUGGUGUCCAAUCAGAAACUCUUACAGGAUCUGCUGAUUCACACAGAGAACAACCCAGAGAGCAUCAAGAAAAUUAUCCAAAACCUCAAACAAGGUUAUAAAAACAAUGUCAGGCCUGAAAGAUGGAUGAAUCUGUCACACUGCUUGAUUGAGAUGAAGGAUAAUUCUGUUCAAGAAGAAGUGCAGGCAUUUUUAAAAUCUAAAUCUGAAGGAAAAAGUCUUUCUCUUGCACAUUGCUCAACUUUGGCAAACAUGAUCCUGAUGUCAAAAAAGGUGAUGGAUGAGUUAGACCUUAAAAAGUACAACAACUCAAAAGAGGGUAGAUGGAGACUGGUACCUGCUGUAAGAAACUGCAGAAAAGCUCUUUUGGCAGGCUGUAAUCUCACUGAGCAGCACUGUGAAAGUGUGGUUUCAGCUCUACAAUUAUCAAAGUCCCCCCUGAGAGAGCUGGACCUGAGUAACAAUCACCUACAGGAUUCAGGAGUGAAACUGCUCUCUGCUGGAUUGAAGAGUACAAACUGUCAACUUCAUGUACUGAGAUUAUGUGGCUGUUUGGUGACAGAGGAAGGUUGUGCUGCUCUGGCAUCAGCUCUAAGUUUAAACCCUUCACACCUGAGAGAGCUGGAUCUGAGCUACAAUCACCCAGGAGAUUCAGGACUGAAGCUACUCUGUGAUAAACUCAAUCACCUGGACAAACUCAAUUUGGCAGGCUGUAAACUCACUGAUCAGCAAUGUGAAAUUGUGGCUUCAGCUCUACAAUCAUUAAACGCCCCCCUGAGAGAGCUGGACCUGAGUAACAAUGACCUGCAGGAUUCUGGAGUGAAGCUGCUCUGUGUUGGACUGAAGAGUCCAAACUGUCAAAUCAACAUACUAAGAUUAUCUGGCUGUAUGGUGACAGAGGAAGGUUGUGCUGCUCUGGCAUCAGCUCUGAGUUCAAACCCUUCACACCUGAGAAAGCUGGAUCUGAGCUACAAUCACCCAGGAGAAUCAGGACUGAAGCUGCUCUCUGAUACACUCAAACAUCUGGACAAACUCAAUGUGGAUCACGGGGGAAAGUUCAGGAUUACAGCAGGAACACAAAAAUAUGCCUGUGAUCUCACACUGGAUCCAAACACAGCACACCGUGAACUCGUUCUGUCUGAGGAGAACAGAAAGGUGACGCGUGUGAAAGAGCAGCAGUCGUAUCCUGAUCAUCCAGAGAGAUUUGAUGGGUUUAAUCCUCAGGUUCUGAGUAGAGAGAGUCUGACUGGACGCUGUUACUGGGAAGCUGAAUGGAGUGAAGGUGCUGAAAUAUCAGUGGCAUAUAAAGGAAUCAAGAGGCAAGGAUGGAGGCCAGACUGUGGGUUUGGAUAUAAUGAGAAUUCCUGGAGUCUGUCCUGCUCUGAUCAUACUUUCACUGUUUACCACAAUAAGAAUGAAAUUGACAUAUCUGCUGGUUCAGGCUCUUGUAAGAGAGUAGGAGUGUUUGUGGACGUGUCAGUUGGCAUUCUGUCCUUCUACAGCAUCACUGACACACACACACUCACACACUUACACACAUUCACAUCUACGUUCACUGAACCCCUCUGUGCUGGAUUUAGACUUCCUUAUUUAAACUCUUCAGUGUCUCUGUGUCACAUUAAACAACACACACACAUUGACUGACUGACUGACUGACAGGGGUGUGAAGUAACUAAUUACCAAUACUCACAUUACUGUAACCCUCAUGCUCUUUGGUCAUUUUUUACCAAAAAAUAUUUUUUUACUUCAUCGGAAUGGUACGAAACUUGGUAAAAGGUUUUUGCAUUUGCUAUGUGAACACACACACACACACAAAAAAAUCAUGGACAUGAUUUGAAAAGGUUACAUUGUCCUGAAAAAAAAAUAGUCAUACUUGUGCUCCUAGCAGUCAAAAAUGACGGCAUUGGAAAAGACUGGAAGAUGAAUUUCAUCUAGUGAAAACUUUUAGUACUGCAGCCAAACAAAAGUGAAUGCUCAAAAAGUGAAUAAUUUAGUACUAUAAAAUCCACUAAAAAUACAAAAUAUUAAAUAAAAAACAUUGAACUAAAAUAUAGUACAUUCAUUUAAAUGAAAAAAAGAAAUAAAAAUUGUGUACUUUUACUUGAGUACAUUUUAAGUGAUAUAUCUGUACUUUUCUCUGCUAUUUUCCAUCUGUAUGUGGUCAUUGCAUCCUUGUUUUAAUUUUAUUUUUCUCCAUCAAUAUGGAUUGGAUAGGGGGAAAGUAAUCUCGUCAAAUCAAAUUGUGCACAGAAAACUUUAACCACAGCAGUAGAUGGCUGUUAAAGGGUUAGUUUCCCCUAAAAUGAAAAUUCUGUCAUUGAUUACUCACCCUCAUGUUGUUCCAAACCUGUAAGACCUUCGUUCAUCUUCAGAACAGAAAUUAAGGGUGUUUUCACACCUGAACGUUUGUUUCGGAACCUGGUGCGUUUUCUCCCUUGGUUCAGUUUGUUUAGGCAUAUGUGAGCAUGGCAAUGGUGCUCGGAUCCACACCAAAACAAUCGCUCCGAGACCGAUUGCAAAUGAACUCUGGGGCGGUUGAAAUGUGAAAGUAAUCCGAAACCAACAAACUAAACGAUAUAAUUUAUAACGGGAAAUGUGUUAUAUAAAAUGCAGUACUGUUUGAUUCUAUUACUGUUAUGUAAUCGUGCUUCUCCAUGCAAUAAUGCUGUCUCAACGAAGCCUUGUUUCCUGCUCUAACUGCAUUAUAACAUUCAUAUGUUUGCAUGUAUCUCAAGACAGCCUAUAGACAGCACUGGGAGAUCUAGAGAGAGCAUUUCAAUUUACAGCAGCAUUAAUACGAAUAUAUUAAAUAAUUUAACAGCUGAAACGAUGGCUACAUUUGUAUAGUGUUUGCGUGUCUCGACAGUUACAAAUAAAGUCACAAAAAGCUAAGCUCGUGGAGCGAACUUGUCAAUUAUCAUGAUGGAUGACGUAGGGAAAACUCUAAUCAAUAUGAGGACAGUUUUAACACAUUUUGGUACGCUUUGAAAUGUUGCCUUGUGAAAGCAAACCAAACCAAGAAGAAAAUGCAGCAUUGUAACAAAUUAAGAUCUACGAUCUAUAGGUGUGAAAUGUCUUCUGUGUCAUUCUCCUACACUGUUUAUGUUCAGCGCUUCCAGGUUCUAUGUCAGAAUACAGACUCAGUAUUUUCGAUUUGAGUAAAUGUAGCAGUAACACUACAAUACGGGUGCACUAAUAUGCAUUACUUCAUGCUUAACUAAUGCACAGAUAAUCACAUGUAAAUGUAACUAAACCACUAAUUAAAAUGAUUACUGCAUCAACAAUUAAAAAUUCUAUAUGAUUAAUAGAUUAAAUAAUAUAUGAAUUAUUAAUUAAAUGUGUCAUAAUGUAUUAAUUCCUUCAUAGUGUACAAUAUUAACUAAUAGUAUAAAUUAAUGUUAAUUACCACAAUGGGUCAAAGCCAUGUAUUUCAAAUUCCAGUUGUCUGCUUUAAUUAAUCAGGUGCGACACUACACAAUACAACAAAACCCAGAUAGCAAACUGAAGCCACAUUCUAUUUCCUACGUACUUCAAGCUCUUGCACAACUUCUGUUAGUUAGGACAAAUGGACUUGCAAUGAUCUGUCAUGUCCAGUGUAGACAGCUGUUGCAGCAUGAUGCAAUGAUGGUCGAGUUCAGUUUAAACAUGGUGUAACAAUGAUCAGAUUCUGGAUUUCUGAUAUCUGUGUUUAACCCAACUUACCCAUCCUUUAAACACAGUCUCUGACUUUACAUUCACUGCAUGUGCAACUGCCCAACUGACCUUUAAUGUCAAAAACUGUUGGAUGCUAAAUAUUCUUCAUUCUUUCUGACAAACAACAAAAGAUAAUGUGAAUUACAGUACAUACACUGUUUUCUAAAUCUUUAAACUGCAGUGUCUAGUCUUUAUUAUAAAGGGAGUUCAAAUCCACAGUUCAGUACUCACUACUCUUGAAUACUUUUAAAUAAGCUACUCUUUUACUCGAGUAGCUUUUUGGACAAGUAUUUUUUUUACUUUACUCACACUACAUUUUUUUUUUUUUUUUUUGGAAAGUAAUGGUAUAUUUGAGUACUCUUUCCACCUUGUCUGACUAACACACACACACACAUUCACUGAACCCCUCUGUACUGGAUUUAGAUAGUAUAUAUUUUUUUCAUGUUAUAAUAAGUGUACAGUUUCAUUUUUUUGCAUCUUGAAAUAAAUAUUUCUAUGUUCAUCA